AUUUGAAAAAGAUACUACAGAAGAAGCUGUUAAAAGGAGAGUGUUCGCUCUUUUGAAACAAUACAAUAAAAAUGUUAACCAAUCUUACAAAGCGUUGUAUAAGAAACAUGACCAUGAUAGACGAAGGUACCAUUACCUCUCCUUUUGGCAUGCAUUGUUUCACAUUUCCGGACGAUGGGGCUACUCCAUCUGUAACUAUGUAUCCAUACUAUGACUAUAACGCGUCAUUUGCAUAUGUCGCGUUUGAUAUGGACAAAGAUGUCAAGUUCACGAGCAAUGUUACUGACGAAUUUGGAAGUCCAGCAAACUAUGGCGAAUUCAUCGUGCUUAAUGGUUCUAAUUACGUCCACUCUAAAGGUAUUUACAAUUCGCGUAAUGCAUCAUGGUUCCACCCGAUUAAUGUUACCAUACCCAAUGCCGGAAAAUACUGUUUAGCCAUUCGAUCUUUGAAGAAUACGACAAGCGCUAAAGAAUAUAGCGUGCAUUACGCAGUCGAGGCUGUAUAUGGGACCUUGUCGUACACGGUUUCUGCCGCUUUUCGUAUUACCCCUCUUCUAUUGCCUGCACUUUUAUCUGUUCUCCUGACACUUCUAUUCACAAACUGAUGUCAAAAAUUCUGACAUUAGUAAGUGGCUAAUGAAUGUAGGUUGUACAGUCUCUUGUGGCUUAAUUGAAUCGUGUUUCACUAUUUGGUAUACUGUUUAUUCAUUUUAAGUAAAAUUUCAACACGUAACACUUUGUAUUAAUUAACUCAAAAUAUAGUUGUUUUUUAAUGCAUAGUCUCAGCGGUAUUGUGUUAAGACGUUAAGCUAGAUUUAACUAAGAGACAAAAG